AAAAGGGGUGAGGUGCGGCGGUGCAAAGGUGAGGCUGCGCUCAGCCCUGACGCUCAGCAAAACAGAUAACGGACGCUUUCAUUAAGUGCAUGCCCUAGGGCCACGUCCCUGCCGCUGUCCUGAUCCUGAAGGCUGCUCUGCCCCAGCCCUCUGCCCGCUGGGCUCAUGCAGCUGCUGGGGCUCCUCGGCCUCCUCUGGAUGCUCAAGGCCUCCCCAGGGGCCACGGGAACUGUAUCUACGGCCACAUCCAUCUCUCAUGUGCCUUUCCCCAGGGCGGAAGCAGCCCGCGCUGUGCUCAGCAAUUCUCCACACUCCAGAGACCUGGCUGGGCGGCCACUCGGUGUCCCCCAGCUCGCCUCGCCUGCUCCUGGCCACAGGGAAAAUGCACCUAUGACGCUCAUUACCUCCCCCCAUGACACACUCAUCUCUGAAACACUGCUCACCUCUCCAGUCAGUUCCAACACCUCAACCACCCCGACGUCCAAGUUUGCUUUCAAGGUUGAAACCACUCCACCCACUGUGUUGGUCUAUUCGGCCACCACUGAGUGCGUGUAUCCAACGAGCUUUACAAUCACCAUCUCCCACCCCACCUCCAUCUGUGUGACCACGACGCAGGUGGCCUUCACCAGCUCUUACACCCCCACUCCCGUGACACAGAAGCCAGUGACCACCCUCACCAGGACUUACCCUAUGACCACUACCGAGAAAGGAACAUCAGCCGUGACAUCUCUCUCUACCACCACUGCGAGGGAAACUCCCAUAGUGACAGUGACACCCUCUUCCUCUGUGUCAGCCACAGACACAACCUUCCACACUAUGGUCUUCUCUACAAUUAGAACCACAGAAAGGAUUCCCCAGCCCACUGGAAGUGUCCAUACGACCAUGUCCCCAGCCCCAGUAUUUACUACUCUCAAAACAGCGGUGACUUCCACUUCCCACGUCACUUCUUCAGUCACUUCCACAGAUACAGUGACUUCUGUGACAACGACCACCUCCUGGCCCACAGCCACUAAUACACUGUCAUCACCCACCAGUACCAUUUUAUCUUCCACACCUGUCCUGAGCACAGAAACAAUCACCAGUGGUAUCACAAACACCACUCCUCUAUAUACCUUGGUGACCACACUCCCCACUACCAUCACCAGGUCUACACCUACAUCUGAGCUCACCUACCCUACUUCUCCCACCAGCACUGUGACAGACUCCACAACCAAAAUCACCUACUCCACAAGUGUGACAGGUACAUUGUCCAUGGAGACUUCUUUCCCACCCACAUCUUCCUCUCUCCCAACCACAGAAACAGCCACAACUCCUAUGACAAACUUGGUUAUCACCACCCCUGAGAUCACCUCCCACAGUACUCCCACCUUGUCUUCUUCAGCCAUCUACUCUACAGUCAGCACAUCCACAACUGCCAUCUCCUCAGCUUCCCCUACCUCAGGUACCAUAGUGACUUCCACAACCAUGACCCCGUCUUCUCUGACUACAGACAUCCCUUCGACAACACCAACAACUAUCACCCACCCUUCUGUGGGCUCUACUGGCUUCCCGACUACAGGAACAGACCUCAUAUCGACAUUCACUGUUUCCAGUUCUUCAGCAAUGUCCAUAAGUGUCAUUCCAUCUUCACCCAGCAUCCAGAAUACAGAAACGUCAUCCGUUGUCAGCAUGACCUCUGCCACCACUCCCAGUGGGACACCAACUUUUGCAAGUACACACAGCACUCCGACAAGUUCCCUCCUGACAACCUUCCCAGCAACAUAUUCAUUUUCCUCUUCCAUGUCUGCCAGCAGUGCCGGGACCACUCACACAGAGAGUAUCUCCUCACCUCCAGCCAGCACCAGUACACUCCACACAACAGCAGAAUCCACCCUAUCACCCGCUACCACCACUUCAUUCACAACUUCCACAACUAUGGAACCACCUUCAACCACUGUAGCAACUACAGGCACAGGUCAGACCACCUUCCCCAGCUCUACAGCCACAUUCCCAGAGAUCACCACACUGACUCCUGCAAUUGACAUUUCUACAGAUCCUUCCACAAGCGUUGUGGACUAUCCUCCCAUUACUUCAUCAGUCACUUCCACAAAUACAGUGACUUCUGUGACAACUAUGACCUCUCCUCCCACAACCACCAAUUAUUUUACAUCACUGACCAGUAUGACUCUGUCUUCUCCACCUGUCCCAAGCACAGAAGCAAUCACCAGUGGCACCACAAACACAAUCCCUCCAUCUAUCUUGGUAACCACACUCCCCACUACAAAUAUCUCAUCUAUGACUACAUCUGAGACCACCUAUCCUAAUUCUCCGAGUGGCCCUGGUACAAACUCCACGACUGAAAUCACCUAUCCCACCACUAUGACAGAGACAUCAUCCACUGCCACCUCUAUUCCACCCACCUCUCCCUUGGUCUCAACCGCAGAAACAGCCAAAACUCCUACCACAAACUUGGUAACCACCACCACUACCGCCAAGAUCACCUCACAUAGUACCUCCAGCUUCACUUCUUCAACCAUCUACUCCACAGACAGCUCAUACACAGCUGCCAUCACCUCAGUUCCCACAACCUUGGGUACCAUGAUGACUUCUACAUCCAUGAUCCCAUCUACUCUGAGUACAGGUAUCCCUACCUCACAACCAACAACCAUCACUCCCUCAUCUGUGGGCAUCACUAGUUCAUUACCUAUGAUGACAGACCUCACCUCAGUGUACAUAGUCUCCAGCAUGUCUGCAAGGCCAACAACUGUCGUUCCCUCAUCUCCCACUGUCCAGAAUACAGAAACCUCAUCCUUUGUCAGCAUGACCUCUGCCACCACUCCCAGUGGAAGGCUAACUUUUGCCAGUACACACAGCACUCCGACAAGUUCCCUCUUGACGACCUUCCCAGGGACAUAUUCAUUUUCGUCUUCCAUGCCUGCCAGCAGUGCCCGGACCACUCACACAGAGAGUAUCUCCUCACCUCCAGCCAGCACCAGUACACUCCACACAACAGCUGAAUCCACCCCAUCGCCCACUACCACCACCUCAUUCACCACAUCCACAAUGAUGGAACCACCUUCAACCACUGUAGCAACUACAGGCACAGGUCAGACCACCUUCCCCAGCUCUACAGCCACAUUCCCUGAGACCACCACACUGACUCCUACAACUGACAUGUCCACAGAAUCUCUCACAACAGCCAUGACUUCUACUCCUCCCAUCACUUCUUCAGUCACUCCCACCAAUACAGUGACUUCUAUGGCAAGAACGACUUCCUGGCCCACAGCCGGUAAUACGUUAUCAUCACUCACCAGUAGCAUUUUAUAUUCUACACCUGUCCUGAACACAGAAACAAUCACCAGUCAUAACACCAACACCACUCCUCUAUCCACCUUGGUGACCACACUCGCUACUACCAUCACCAGGUCUAGACCUACAUCUGAGACCACCUACACUACUUCUCCCACUAGCACAGCCACAGACUCCACGACCGACAUCAGCUACCCCACAAGUAUGACAGGUACAUUGUUCCCUGAGACUUCUCUCCCGCCCACCUCUUCCUCUCUCCUAACCGUAGAAACCGCCACGACUCCUAUCACAACCUUGGUAACCACCACUCCUGAAACCACCUCCCACAGUGUUCCCAGCUUCACUUCUUCAACCAUCUACUCCACAAGCAGUACAACCACAACUGCCAUCUCCUCAGCUUCGCCUACCUCAGGUACCAUGGUGACUUUCACAACCAUGACUCCAUCUUCUCUGAGUACAGACAUCCCUUCGACAACACCCACAACUGUCACCCACUCUUCUGUGAGCUCUACUGAAUCCUUGACUACAACAACAGUCCUCUCCUCAACAUUUGCUGUUUCCAGUAUCACCAGUCUCUGCAGGCAACAGCUGGUCGUCCUCAUUCCCACUGGUCCAGAAUACAGGAAACUCAUUCUUUGUCAGCAUGACCUUUGGCACCACUCCCAGCGGAGGACCAAUCUUCACAAGUAUCUGACAGGCACUCCACAGUUCUUCUUCCUGGACGACCUUCUCAAGUGGAUUCUAUGGACAACUACGGACUCUUGGGCCACAGCCCUAAAUACGUUAUUCAUCACUCCACCAGGUAGCAUUUUAUCUUCUCCACCUGUUUUCCAGAGGGAAAUGGACUCACAGUACUCCCACAUUACAGUGCUCUAUGGGCAGAACGACUUCCUGGCCCACAGCCCGCACAGCCACAGAUUCACGGCCGACAUCAGCUACCCCAAGUAUGCAGCUUCCCGCAGCAACAUAUUCAUUUUCCUCUUCCAUGUCUGCCAGCAGUGCAGGGACCACUCACACCGAGAGUAUCUCCUCACCUCCAUCCAUCACCAGUAUACUCCACACAACAGCUGGAUCCCCCCCAUCACCCACAACCACCACGUCAUUCACAACCUUUACAACGAUGGAAACAUCUUCUUCCACUGUAGCAACUACAGGCACAGGUCAGACUACAUUGACCAGUUCAACAGCCACAUCCCCUGA